GCACCGCCCCGGCGCGCGCCCCGCCGCGUGCCCACCCCCGCGCGGCUGCUGCAGCCUAAGCUAGCUCGACCACAGCCUGUCCGCGGAGCGGAUGCCUGAGCCCCAGCGGUGAGGAGCUCGUCGUGGGGCUCCUGGGCCGCGGCGGCGGGCAGGCGAUGCUCCAGAGGCUUGAGCAGCCAUGGAGGCCGAGACGGGCGGCCUGGAGGAGCUGACGGAUGAGGAGAUGGCGGCUCUGGGCAAGGAGGAGCUGGUGCGGCGCCUGCGGCGGGAGGAGGCGGCGCGCCUGGCGGCUCUGGUGCAGCGCGGCCGCCUCAUGCAGGAGGUGAAUCGGCAGCUACAGGGUCACCUGGGCGAGAUCCGCGAGCUCAAGCAGCUCAACCGGCGCCUACAGGCCGAGAACCGCGAGCUGCGCGACCUCUGCUGCUUCCUGGACUCGGAGCGCCAGCGCGGGCGGCGAGCCGCUCGCCAGUGGCAGCUCUUCGGGACCCAAGCAUCCCGAGCCGUGCGCGAGGAUCUAGGCGGUUGUUGGCAGAAACUGGCCGAGCUGGAAGGCCGCCAAGAGGAGCUGCUGCGGGAGAACCUGGCUCUUAAGGAGCUCUGCCUGGCGCUGGGCGAGGAGUGGGGCCCCCGCGGCGGUACCGGCGGCUCGGGGGGCUCUGGCGCUGGGCCGACACCCGAGCUGGCCUUGCCCCCCUGCGGUCCCCGUGACCUGGGCGAUGGAAGCUCCAGUACCGGCAGCGUGGGCAGCCCCGAUCAGUUGCCCCUGGCCUGCUCCCCAGAUGAUUGAGGGCACAGCUUCGCGCCGACGCCCGCCCGGAUUGCUCCUCCCGCGCGGAGAUUGCGGUGGACCUCGGCACCCGGACGCCGCCCCCGCUGCGCACGAGGGGCCGCUGGCAUGGACUUAGAAACCCUAACGCUGAGGAGGGCCCCUGGCGCUCGCUGGCGGGGCAGGAGGGGGACUGGAGGCUGGAGCGGAGGGACUUGCUGGGGGCUGGGUGGAGGCUAAUAAACUGAGGCGGAAGCAGA